AUGGAACUACACCGGAAAUCCCGCAGGGAGCAAUUGAAGUCUAUCACAGACGUCGGUGGAAACGGCAGCCCCUGCAAUAUAACUGCACAAAGCAAAUUCACAGCCCUCCGUCAACAUAUCGAAACUGCCUCGCGGAUAACACGGGUGCCUGAAUCAUCAGCUAGAGAAGCACUGGAUGCUAUGGGGACAAAGCUUUGGAAUGCAUGUACUAGGAGUAUGAGAAAGGAUGGACUGGCGGACGACAUCGUUAAGUUCCUAAGUCAAGGUUUGCGACGAGCUCAAUUCGACAUCGGUCUGAAAAUACUCGAAAAGGCAGCGUUGAGAGAAGAAAAGCUCUCCACAGAAUGUAGCAAUGCCGGAGAAAGGGAUGAUAUUUCGCUCAAGUUAUCGGCUGAGUAUUAUAUUCUGCGCAUUCAUCUGGCAUGGAAGCAGAGCCGGCUCGACUUUGCGGAGCAUAUGCUUUCCAAGCUUCCGCAUCAGGCCCUUCAGCAGGAUGCGGUCUUGGUAGAGCAGCUUUCGAGUCUUCUUUUCGAAGUUGGCAAAUUUCUGGUGGAAAAGAAAGAGUAUCAUGAAGCGGAUAAAUGGUUGCAGAGAGCACUGGAGACACUUUCGCAAAGGCAGCUAGAUAUGUUAAGUCCCGAUGCAAGUGAUAUGAGACUGUGUAUUAUCCAUGGGCUUGUGCGGGCGAACAAUGCUUUACAUACAGCAGACUCGAGGAUAAAAGUAACUCGAUUGCUCAGUAUCCUUGAAAAUGAAUACGGUCAUAGGCCAGAAGUGAUGCUUUUGCAUCUAGAUGUGAUACAGACACAAAAGGAUCCGGAUUGUAAACAAUAUUAUGAUCGAUCGUCCAUCAUAUCCACCAAUUACGAAAUUGCAAAACAACUAAUUCUUGAGCGAUUGGCUCCUUAUGGAAAUGAAACAUUUCUUGAAAGAGGCUUCGUUACGUAUGUCUGGAUGAAGACUGCGAGUCCGGGCGUAAGUGACGGCGUUGAGUCACUCCAGGGAAUCGUGACAAAGUUGAUGGAGGCUUGGAAAUUGCCACUGUCUGGGGAGGCUGCUCAUGCAUCUUUAAUUUUAAUAUGGAAGAAAGUCGCCGCAGCUUUUGACCAUAAAGAUUAUGAUACUGCCCGGAACUGGUGCCAACUAGCGCUUCAUCCGCUCUUUGCAAAUUCAGGGGAAAGCAACAAGUGCAAAAUAGAAAGCGGUGCUGACCGACAAGCUGCAAUUGUCUUGCAGCAGAUUCUCGACCAUUUAGAUAGCAUUUCAACCCGGCAAUUACACUUCCCUGCCCUUCUUCGCUAUAAUCUUGCGCUGCAAUACUGUACGACGUGGGGCCCUCAUCAUGUUUUGCGCCUCUUGGAUGCCUGUAUAAAGGGAUUUCGAAAGGUAGCGUUGCCUCUCUUCGAACAAUUAUCAAAUGAUGAGUCCCUAGCUGCAUUAACGGAAAAGCGUCGAACCUUAUUUGCAUUCGAUUUCGAGGCAGCCGUUAGGUUGAAACAAUGGAGUAAUCUGAGUGAAAUGUUGAAUGAAUCUCGGAAGAUUGCGGAUGAAAUGCUCUAUAGUCUCUUUGCAGACGCAGUCCUAAGUUCCGAGGCGCCCGUCGAGGUGAUGCUUAAAACAUCAGAGCAAAUACUCACACAAGUGUCACAAGAGAGGAAGCACCAAAACCUGGAAAAGAUCUCCCGAUGGGUUAGGUGUGUUUUCCAGCUUUCAAUCAAAUCAAAUGCUGCAGUUGCGGAAUCAAUACUCGAUCAAGCAUACAUAUUAGCUCGAGAUGGGCCUGAAUACCAAAAACAUGAAGAAAAUAGUGAGGCGCAUCCAAACACAGAAUCAGUUUCUCGACAUACUUACCCAGAUGAGGAACUCGAAUGGUUAUCAACGACGGCGUUCAAUCUUGCUAUUGACUUCUAUUUGGCAUCUGAUGAUAUGGCAAGUCAGCGAUGGUAUGGAAAAGCGCUUGACCUAGCCCGCUUACUGCAUGAUAAUGGUGUCCUGUGGAAGACCCUGCAGGAGAAAUUUGGGAGGUUAACUUGGGAUGAUUAA